GCUGAGCCACGUGGAAGAGCCACCCCUAGGUCAGAAAGAUGGGGGAAAUAGAACAGAUGAAGCAGGAGGCUGAGCAGCUGAAGAAGCAGAUUGCGGAUGCCCGGAAAGCCUGUGCAGACACAACACUUGCUCAGAUUGUGUCUGGAGUGGAGGUUGUUGGCCGCAUUCAGAUGCGGACCCGAAGGACCCUGCGUGGACAUCUGGCCAAGAUCUAUGCUAUGCACUGGUCCACGGACUCCAAACUUCUGGUCAGUGCCUCACAAGAUGGGAAACUCAUUGUGUGGGACACAUACACAACUAACAAGGUUCAUGCCAUCCCUUUGCGGUCUUCCUGGGUCAUGACCUGUGCCUAUGCCCCCUCAGGCAAUUUUGUGGCCUGUGGGGGCCUUGACAACAUGUGCUCCAUCUACAACCUCAAGACUCGUGAAGGCAAUGUCAAAGUGAGCAGGGAGCUCUCAGCCCAUACAGGUUACCUCUCCUGCUGCAGAUUUCUUGAUGACAACAAUAUUGUGACUAGCUCUGGAGAUACCACAUGCGCACUCUGGGACAUUGAGACAGGGCAGCAGAAGACUGUGUUCCUGGGUCACACUGGAGACUGUAUGAGCUUGGCUGUCUCCCCGGACUUCAAACUCUUCAUCUCUGGGGCCUGUGAUGCUACUGCCAAACUGUGGGACGUGCGGGAGGGCACCUGCCGUCAGACCUUCUCAGGACAUGAGUCCGAUAUCAACGCCAUCUGUUUCUUCCCUAAUGGUGAAGCCAUCUGCACUGGCUCAGAUGAUGCCACCUGCCGUCUCUUUGAUCUCCGGGCAGACCAGGAGCUCAUAGUGUACUCUCAUGAAAGCAUCAUCUGUGGAAUCACAUCAGUCGCCUUCUCCCGCAGUGGGCGCCUCAUGCUUGCUGGAUAUGAUGACUUCAACUGCAACAUCUGGGACUCCCUGAAAGCAGAGCGUGUGGGAAUUCUCUCUGGCCACGACAACAGAGUGAGCUGCCUGGGGGUGACAGCAGAUGGCAUGGCUGUUGCCACCGGCUCCUGGGACAGCUUCCUCAAGAUUUGGAACUGAGGAUGGCUGCAGAGAGGGGAAAAAGCAGUGGAAGCAUGGCUCACAGCCCAACAGCACAACAGAAACGGCUACCUACCACUCCCACUUGUUUCUAGACACAGGUCACUUGUAGAGGUCUCCCAGAGUGAAAGGGAGAGGUCAGGAAAGGGGAGCAGGAGCACACACACUGGCCCUUCUCUCCACCUCUAGAGGCCCAGCAGUUUCCAGCCUCAUGCAGGCUUGAAGACCUGCAAAACACUAUUCAUUUUGUCACAGGACAUUACAGUACAGUUCAAACACCUCUACCCACGUUGAUACCCAUCCUUCAGAGGAUGUCUCCUGCAACACCUCUGCCACAGGUUAGUUAAGCUCUGUCCCUGAUUUAACUCUACCUAGCUUGGCUGUGCAGCUGUCCUAUAUCCCUGCAGACUGCCUCAGAGAUGUACUGGGUUUGAGAUUUCUAUCAUGCAACUUCAAACAAAAAGGUAAUGUAAAUUGGGCUCAUUUUCCAUUGGGGAAGAGGUAGCUCAAGUCUUAUCUAUGCAUAAAUAUGGGAAAGGCAGCCCUCAGACCUGCCAGAAUACCAAGGAAUAUUAUAUUUAUUCCUAUUUAUUGUCUGCUUCUUGCUCUUCCUUCUCUUUUUGACUCACUCCUGCAUUGUGUGGUGACCCUGUCUAACCAGUAGCCACCAGCCUCUGUUUUCAAGUCUGUUCUAGAUCAUCAUAGUCCAGGCUAAUAAAGAAA